UGGAAGACUGAGCAAUGCUUGGACGAGUGCAACGCCGCCUCCCGCUCCUUUGCCACCGCGCCAUGUCCCGCCGUCCACUGUCCACUCACGCCGUCGGCGUCGACGAUGCAAGCACCAUAACUUUCACCCCAAAGGCACCGCACACCGCGUCGCUAAUCUUCAUGCAUGGCUUGGGCGACACCGCGUAUGGAUGGGCUGACUCGAUUCAACACAUCGCCCAGCGACUUCCUCAUCUCAAGUGCGUUCUCCCCACAGCGCCUACACAACCAGUGACUCUCAACAUGGGUGCGUCGAUGCCUUCGUGGUACGAUAUUCGGUCGCUCACCGAUCGUGCGGGAGAUCCAUGCACUGGCAUCGAUUCUUCGCGUGAACGAAUCGAAAAGAUCAUCCAAGGCGAAAUCGACGGCGGUAUUCCACCUUCCCGUAUUGUCCUCGGUGGUUUCAGCCAGGGAGGCGCCAUGAGUUUGUACACUGGAUACCAAUUGGAUAAAGCUCUGGCGGGAAUUCUUGUCCUUUCGGGGUACCUUCCCAACCAAGAGGGAUUCCAUGCCAACGAAGUCACCAAAGAUGUACCCCUUCUCAUGUGCCACGGAGAAGAUGACACGGUGGUGCGUUUGGAUUGGGCAAAGAGGUCAUUGGAUGUCUUGAAGGCGUCCCAUGCCGUGACCACUGCCGACUUCAAGGUGUACCCUGACAUGGAGCACAGCGCAUGCCUCGAUGAACUCGACGCGAUUGAGAAGUGGCUGAAGAAGCGGUUGCCGCACGUUGCUUCUUUGUAGGCGCGGUGGUAGUAUCACAGUGAGCCCUCCGUAGAAAAUUCAAAAAUGAAGAGUUUGGCGCGCAAUAUUGUUCGAAAU